UCAAAGAAAGAGAAAUAAACAUAUAGUUUUCUUACAAAGAAAUAUCCAGACCUAAAUUACUUACACUAAAAAAGAUUACUUACACUAAAACCUCUGGCUGAGCUGAAGGGUUAGCCUCCACGACGUCGUUUGGUGAUUUUGAUCAGUACUAACUAGAUUAAUUUUGGAUCUCCUGCGAGAGAAGAAGGGAAACCUGAAACAAAGCGAAAAUGGCAGGAAGAUUGAGCGGUGUGGCCUCACGAAUCAUGGGUGGAAACGGCAUCGUUGCCCGAUCCGCCGCCUCUUCUCUCCGCCAACGCGCCGGCAUGGGUCUCCCCGUCGGCAAACACAUCGUCCCCGACAAGCCUCUUUCGGUGAACGACGAGCUGAUGUGGGACAACGGGACUGCGUUUCCAGAGCCUUGCAUAGAUCGGAUUGCUGAUACCGUCGGGAAGUAUGAAGCAUUGGGAUGGUUGUGUGGCGGUCUAAGCUUCUUUGGGGCUCUUGGUAUGCUCGCUGUUUUGAACGAUAAAGCUUCAAAAGUUCCUUUUACACCACGAGUGUAUCCGUAUGAUAACCUGAGAGUGGAGCUUGGAGGAGAGCCAUAGAAGAGACCUAUCAAGUGAUCUACUGAAUCAAAACUCAAGCAGUGUUUUCUUCACUGCUUUGUUUUUCAAAAUUUUUAAACUUCGUGCUCAGAACUUGAAGACAAAAUAAUAAAACAGACUUGCGUUUUCCAUUUAUAUGUGAUGUCUCUGUAAUUAUCAAAGACCAUUUGGGUGAUUCAUAAGAGUGAGACAUCUGUUUUCAGCAAAU